AUGAACACAAUACAACAUGUCCUACUGCCGUGUUUUUCCCUGUUGAUUUGCUCUAGCAGGGAUGCCCAGGCGAAGAGCAUGGAGCAGACAGUGAAACACGCUGAGAAGUACAUGGGUGAAAUCUGCUACCUGCUGGGCUCCUACACCAGGAAGACAGCCAAGCUCAGAGACAAGGCAGACCUGCUAGUUGCUCAGCUCUUUGACUUUGCCAGCACAGAGGACCCUGAGCUCCAGAUCAGCCUGAAAAACCUGGCAGAAGAUCUGGCCAUGGUUCAGGACUACAGACAGGCUCAGGUAGAGAGACUGGAAACACGAGUUGUUGCUCCUCUAAAAGCCUAUGGAGACAUAGUCAAAAAUAAAAGGGCAGAUCUGAAGAAGUUCAACAUAGAUCUGAACAGAGAGCUGAAAGACCUGCAGAAACUGGAGAAAAUCCGACUGAGGAACCCAGCAGAUCGACAGAGCAUUUCUCAGGCAGAAGUAAAUGCCCAGAAGGCUUCCAACAAUGCCCAGCGCAGCAUCAGACAAAUAGAGGAGACCAUCACUGACUUCCAGAGACAGAAACUGGAGGAUAUCAAAAGGAUUUUCACAGACUUCAUCACAGUGGAGAUGCUCUUCCAUGCUAAAGCACUGGAGGUCUACACACACUCAUACCACAACCUGGAGGCAAUGAACAUUCAAAAGGAUCUGGAGCUGUUUAGUGGACGGCUCAAGAUGUCUGAUACUCUGACUGGGCGCCUGGAUACUCCUCUGAGCAGCCACUCGUCUCCACUCAUGAACCACUACCCAAGUCUUCCUGUGGCCUCCCCGAAGUCACAAAGCCUCAGGCAAAUGCUGGCUUCUACCAUCAGCCAAAACAACAGACAACAGCACAGCCAGUUCACAGAGAAAGACAGGAGGUCUCGCAGCACCUUACAACGCCAGAGAGGUAUGGAGGAGGAGGAGGAACUGGAGGAGGAGGAAGAGGAUGAAGAAGACGGAGAGGAGGAAGAGGAGGAGGAGAUGUAUGAAUCAGAGCUAGAAGAGGUUCAGCACGUUAGCAGGCAGUCUUAUGCUGCUCAAUAUGCCCAGAUGCGCAGAUGGCAAAAGUAACAGCCUGUGAAUAUAAACAUACACAUACACACAGACACGACUACUUAUACACUGUGCUGUGUCUGCGUAGAUGAAAACAUUACUUACUUCCAUGCUGAGAUAAGUAAGCCGAUGAGUACACAGCUUUCCAUUCCACUUAUUUUCAUCAUUGAUGUUUCUUAUGUGCAGUCUGUCCAAUAUUAAUCAUGUAAGACUGAACGCAGUGAAAUUUGUUUUGUUCA